AUGAAGGAAGCUUCAGAGCCUCCAACCAGUGCCACCAACAUCAAUAAGCAAGACAGUAAAAUACAGGAUGAAGAUACAAGAGAAGAAAAAGUUGGAACCAUCACUCCAUCAAAACAGCACUCAUCAGUCCACUUUUUCCCAAAGAUAAUGGAUUCGAGCUCCACGCUCAUCCCGCUGUCCUGCUCAUUUUCCCAAGAAAUGCCAGUCAGCUUCUACCAGAUGCCCAGCGCCCAGGACAGCGGCUUCACCUUAUCGUCCGGAAUACCGCUGACGUCUAAAUCCACCAUCGUGAGCUGCUCCCACAAAGACAGCAGCCUGGGAAAGCAGAGCCCAAGCUUCAUUGCUCCGAAGAGACAGCUCCAGCCGAGCUCUGAGUUGGAUACAUAUGUGUUGGGGGACGGUGAGGAUUAUUUCCUUUCUUUGUUCGGAGAAUCGAAGAAGCUCACAGCACGUACAUCCCAAACCGAGGACGUGAGCAAACACCUGUCUGUGAUUCUUGAGGAAGUUGGCCAGUUUACAUCCAGCUCUCUGGGAGACAUUAAAAUAGCUGAGGUAAAUGUCAAGGGUUUCUUUGUGAGGCUCGUUAACUCCUCUGAUGAAAAGGAAGUGGAGAUCGGAAACCACAUUCUCCAGCAAAACGUGAAUGGGCACGCAGUCUCCCUGUACCGGUUCCCCCACAACAUCACACUGCAGGCCAGCUCCACGGUGACAGUGUGGGCAGCAGCUUCGGAAGCAAAGCCACAGCCACCAACGGACUUUGUUUGGGACGAACAGAGCAGGUUCCGAUCAAGUCCGGACUGCACGACCAUCUUGUGCAACCCCAAUGGUGAGGCCAUCGCCUGGUACACCCCGAUCCACUGGAAGCAAGCCUGGGAGAAGUUAGAGACGGACAUUGAGUUUGAAAGAUGCUCUGUGGUGAUUCCAUCAAUGAGAAGCCACAUGUUCGGGUGGACAACAGCAUCUGCGACUUCCAUAAGUAAGGACAAAGAAGAACCAGUACAGAAAACGCCCUCCCAAGUCUGCCCUGUUCUCGUGAGAGAAAAGGAAAUCCCACCAACUGUUUUACCUAAUAAGAGUCCCUGGUGCCGCAACCCCAACACCUCUCCACAUCCCUACAGUUCUCUGAUUGACUCACAGGACUCAGACGUUUCUAAAAACUGUUUGGGUACACAGCUCAAGCCUCAGUCAACCAAGCCCAAACCAGACCCAGCGGGGCAGUUGCGGCCUGGAAAAGAAAGCAUGUCUAAAGAGGACGGAGCCGGGGCCGACAGUCCUGCCGCCCUCGCCCCGGGUUUGAGGACUGGGGGUGAGCCGGAGCUUUCUGACCAGAAGUCAGCCAUCACUCUCCAGGGCUGUGCUGAGAAACGUGUCAGUCCAGGAAGCCGGUACCAGUCGCCCACGUGCCCCCUGACCCUGCUGUGCGUGAGUUGUAUUGCUGGUAUAUCUGUUGUGACGGGGCUCAACAUGAUCUCUUGUUCUCUCCGUUUGAUAAGUGUGGAUUUCUGCAAAGGCCUCCAUCUGUUGCAGAGACAGUUCCUUGAUGAGGGACUGGCACGGCAUGUGUUCCAGCGUUUCAUCAAUGGGGCAGACAUUGGGGUGGACCAACUCAAAGCCCUGGAUCUGGGCCUGAGAGGCAUCUGA